UUCGAUCGUCAAGCAAAGAAUCUACAAGCAACAUGUCUGGAAGAGGUAAAGGAGGAAAGGGACUCGGAAAGGGAGGCGCCAAGCGUCAUCGCAAGGUUUUGCGUGACAACAUCCAGGGUAUCACCAAGCCCGCAAUCCGCCGUCUGGCCCGCCGUGGUGGUGUCAAGCGUAUCUCUGGUCUGAUCUACGAAGAGACCCGUGGUGUCCUCAAGGUUUUCCUCGAGAACGUCAUCCGUGAUGCCGUCACCUACUGCGAGCACGCCAAGAGAAAGACCGUCACCGCCAUGGAUGUGGUCUACGCUCUGAAACGCCAGGGCCGUACCCUGUACGGAUUCGGCGGUUACAAUACAAUCAAGAUGGCACGUACCAAGCAAACCGCACGCAAAUCUACUGGGGGCAAAGCCCCACGAAAGCAGUUGGCCACCAAGGCUGCCCGCAAGAGCGCCCCAGCCACCGGCGGAGUCAAGAAGCCUCAUCGCUACAGGCCCGGUACCGUGGCUCUCCGUGAGAUCCGUCGCUACCAGAAGAGCACCGAGCUGCUGAUCCGCAAGCUGCCCUUCCAGCGUCUGGUCCGUGAGAUCGCUCAGGACUUCAAGACCGAGCUGCGUUUCCAGAGCUCUGCCGUCAUGGCCCUGCAAGAAGCCAGCGAAGCCUACCUGGUCGGCCUCUUCGAGGACACCAACCUGUGCGCCAUCCACGCCAAGCGUGUGACCAUCAUGCCAAAGGACAUCCAGCUGGCCCGUCGCAUCCGUGGCGAACGUGCUUAAACAGGGACUUGUCCCCAUCAACCAACCGGCUCUUUUCAGAGCCACCACAAAGUCAAAAAAGAGAUAGAAUUCAUGUCUUAUAAAAUAAUAUUGUACUACUGUACAAUGCAGUUUACGUGAACCAGCCGUCGUGCUUCCAUAGUCAAAAAUAAACCAGCCCUCCUUGUGUUUUUGUCUCAGUCCCUCGUCCAUGUCGUCCCUCAACCAUUCAUUGCUUCUUUUUUUAUCAGCGACUCGUUUUCAGAAAUAUUUUAUAAGGGAAAAAAAAAAUACAUUUACUGAUUAAGCCUACUACUAAACUACUAGUGUACAAAAAGUGAUUUGUAACUUGUAAGCCUAGGCCUGACAAAAAUAGUUAGGUGUAGGCCUACAUGUAUUUCUACUCCUCACACUCGGCCUAUUUAAAGUUGAAAUCCUGCCCAUUAAAAACAUUGAUUGCAAACAUUAACAAGGCCAACUAUCACAAGAUUGGGCAGGAACAAUAGGCACACCUCAUGAUGUGAACAAAAUAAUUUUCCUAUCACUAGCAGUUAUGUGAUAGCAGCUCCCGUUGGUAGGCCUAGAAGAAUACGAUUUUUUUUUUUUUUU